UGUCAAGGCAAGUGUGCUCAUUAGGUUUUACAGCGACGGUGAAUUAUGACAGUCCAGUCACCUCGGAGAUUCCAAUGUUUGUGGAAGACGAAAACGUUUUGAGAUCUACAAUACAACAAUAACGAACUCGUUAUUUUAGGACGGCGAAGAAAUUGGCAGUUUGAUGCGAGAAAGCAAUCGAUGACUGCAAAAUGAAUAAACUGGAGUUUCUUCGUCGAAAACGCCACGACACACUGUUCAAUGAUGAUGGACUAAUCAACAUAGAAAACACCGACAUUCCAGACCGGUUCAUCAAAUACCUGAUCGACAUAUUCACAACUCUAAUAGACAUUGAAUGGCGCUGGAAUUUGUUAAUAUUUUUCAGUGGAUUCGUUCUCACGUGGCUGGUGUUUGCCGUCUAUUUCUUUCUUCUUUGUUAUUUGCAUGGGGAUUUGAAUGAGACUGUAAAAUCCGAUUGGACCCCCUGUGCGGAAAACGUCCAAUCAUUUUCCGCUGCUGUCUUGUUUUCCAUUGAAACAAUGUCAACGAUUGGCUACGGAUAUCGUUACGUCACUGAAUCUUGCCCCGGCGCGUACAUCGGAGUUUUGGUACAGUCAGUGAUAGGCGCCGCCCUUCAGUUCGCACUUGCUGGUCUGGUUGUUGCCAAAAUAAGAAGGGCAAAGAAACGGUCUAUUACAGUGAUAUUUAGUCAAUAUGCCUGCGUAACGAAAGAAGACCUGAAUUUGAGGCUGGUGAUAAGGGUUGGUGACAUACGAAAGUCUGACGUCAUUGGAGCUCAUGCAAGAGGUUUUCUCAUCCGUAAGGCGUUUUCCAAAAGAGGUGAACCGAUUCCAGUACAGUAUUUCAGCGUGGACUUUCAGUCUGAGGGUGGAGGGAACAUACUCUUUCUACCGUGGCCUACUUACAUCAUCCACGUGAUAAACGACCAGUCGCCUCUGUACAUGUUUUCGAAAGACGACAUAGAACACGAAAACUUUGAAUUGGUGGUGAUUCUGGAAGGCGUGGCUUCUACGCUGGGUAAGACUUUUCAGGCGCGAAAAUCCUAUCACCCAUAUGAAAUAAAAUGGGGUCACCGUCUUUCGCCCCUCGACGUGACAACAGACAGCCAGGAGCGACAUAUUGUUGACUACGAAUACUUUAACGAUACGUUUCCCGUGGAUACUCCAGAGUGUAGUGCGCAGGAGCUGGAAGGCAAAGGUGAAGGAUCCUCGAGGAGUAGCUCUCCUAAACCGUCCAGCAACCGAAGACGGAGCUCGUGCUUUGAACAGCUCAGUAUUUUUCGCCAUCGCAGGAGCAUCACAGACACGGGUCUUGGUGCUGACUUUGAAGAUGAUGAUGAUGAGAAUGAUGAUGAUGAUGGUGUGCAUUCGGAACCAAGUGUUGCUUCCGAAAAGUAGAACUUUAUUAAAAGCUCUGUUAAGCAGCCACACGAGAGACUAUUAAAGGGCGAACAUUAAUACAGGUGCCUGUUUAAUACGUGGGGUGACUGAAAAGUUCUUGGCCUAACUACGACAGAGUUGUCCUAUUGGUACACCUACCUGUUACUAUUCAAGGUUACUUUUCAACCAAACUGUGCCUGUUUAAUACAGGUCAUUUAGUAUAAGGGGUGACUGAAACGUUAUCGGCUUAAAUAAUACGGAGUUACAUGUCCAAUCUACUUGUUACUUGUCAAGAUAAAUCCUUUGGAGAUCUAUUCACUAUAGUCAGGUGCUGCAAUGACUGGAUCCCUCCGAUGAAGAAGGAUUCUUCUUACAGGCAUUAAAACCCCCAUCUCAACAACAUAACUGACAUUAUUAUCAGUUAUUUAAUGCCUGCCAGCUAACUCGGGUUCCAGGUUAGGAAACAAAUGGAAGUCAGACAGUGCUACACAUGGGGAAUACGGAUUAUAAAUCGGAAGUUACAGUCAUGCAACUUGGAGCCGUAACGAGCACCAAUAUGUAAGCAGGUGCACUGUCCUGGUGGCACAGCAACCUUUCCUGAAAUCUUCAUCAUAAUCAGGACAUUCGUCGGGGUGUUUUGAAUUCUUUCUUGCGAGAUGCAUACGUCACUGGCCAUGCACCAUUUGGACUGGCAUAAUCAUGCAUACGGUUCCUUCCUUGUUCGGACGAGAAGUUUUCAAUCGUACAUGAUUUGGCAGAACUAUUAAAAUGAUCUUCUACCACAAGUGACUGCUUAAUAGAGAUGGCUGGUUUAGCAUGUUUUAUGUUAUAAAUAAAUAUAUAUAUAUAUAUAUAUAUAUAUAUAUAUAUAUAUAUAUAUAUGAUUACAUCAUGUCAAUACAUCAUAAUACUGUGAUAUUUUAAGUGUCGAACAAUUCCAGAGGGUGCUGGCUUCACUCCACGUGGAACAGUUAUUUGUGGAAAUGAAGUGUAUGUAGCCGUCCUAAUGACACCCAGAUUAGAAUAAGUCUAAAUUGUCUUUGCCUGAUGGACGUAUCGGUAAUUUGCUACCAUCAGAUAGAAACCACAAAUAAUAUAUGGAAUGGUCUUUGUUCACUUACGUCUCAACUAGGUAAACGAUUUAAAGCUUAAUAAACGACAUCCCUCAAUAAAUCGGAGAUAAUUUUAUUUGUAAAACACUAAAAGAAAAAAACCUGAUUUUAAAACAAAAAUAAAUAAAUAAAUAAAACCAUUCUAAAAACUGUAUGGUCAUAUAUCCGUCCAUUCGUGUGUAUUUGAAUGUCAUGUCCAUUCAGGCUAUAAUAAAAGUGGUUAGAAAUUCA